UGGGGCAUCAUUGGUUCCGGCCGUUGGGAACAAACGACACCAUCGUGCACGGGCCGCCUUCUCCAGAUGGGCGCCUGUAGCGUUGGUGUCGCUUUUUUCCAGAUGGGGAUUGGAGGCCGACUUUGCUUUGUCCCUUUCCCCUCCUGACUGGAUUUACUUGUGCCCAUCAGGAGCAGACCCCCCAGCCGCCUCCGCGAAUGGAGGGCGCAUUGGGGCAGCAAAGCAUUUGCAGAAACGCCCGCCCGAGGGCCUCGCGCACAUGGGCGGCCGCAGCCGGCAUGGCACCGUUUUCCUCGUUCUCGGAGGCGCUGUGGCGCUUGGCCUGAAAGCGGCGGCGUUCGUGUCCGCGCCGUCGGUGCCGACCAUAAGAAGAGGCGUCCGGCUCGAGAACGGCGUGCAGACGAUCAUUAGAAGAGGCGCGGCGGCGGCGGCUUCGACACCUCAGGGUGCCGACGCCGCGCCGGCCAAGGCCGCGGCAAAGCCUGACGACAAGGACAUCGACGACGCAGUGCUGCGGAUGGCCAUGGCCAUGGCCGAGGAUGAGGAGAGCCCGAAACCCGCGACUGGCAAAGCGCAGGAGGAGGGCUUCGACUUCAGCAUUCUGGUCAGCCUCUUCUGGACGCUGAAAAGCAUGGCCAGCGAGUACGUCGGCAAGGUAGAGAUGAGUGCGACCAGUCGGAACCUGCUGACAAAGAUCCUACAAAAGCACUUCCUGUUCUCAAGCCUGGAGGACGAGGAGCGGAAUCAAGUCGUAGAGUUCAUGACCACACAAAAGGCCUCUGCUGGGGACAAGGUUUUCUCCCAAGGAGAGCUGGGAGACUGCUGCUACUUCAUUCAGAGUGGCGUCUAUGUGGUUUCCAUUGACGGCAAAAAUCUCAAGCAGCUCACCAAGAAAAAUACGUUCGGGGAGCUGGCGAUGCUCUAUAGCGUGCCGCGGACAGCCUCGGUUACAUGCAAGGAAGACGGCGUUCUUUGGAAGAUGGACGAGCAUACCUUCCGCUCGUGCAUGCAGAACCUCAGUGAGAAGCAUCUGCACAGGGCGAUCGACUUCUUGAGCUCCGACCCUUCUUUCUGCGGCAUGAACGAUGCCGAGCGGAAGCUCCUCGCCGGUGCUUGCUCGGUGCAGUCGUUCGGGCCGCAGGAGACGAUCCUUCGCGAGGGAGAGGUGGGCGAUUGGAUGUUCAUCGUCAUGAAGGGCAGCGUCACCACCGUGGAUCGGCCCGUCUCGGGGCGCGUUCGGGCCAGCUUUGUCGGCGCGUUCAGAUUUGACGGCGACAGGUGUCCGGUGUCCGGCGCCAAGGCGUUCGAGGCCACCGAGUGCCUCGCGCUCGGGAAGCACGCGCUGGAGCGGCUGAUAGGCCCCGUGGAGGACGUUCUGCGGCGGAGCGCCAUCAAGGCCUCGCCGGCUGGGGCGGGUCGGGCGUGGCUAGCGACGGCAGCUACGAAGACAGCUAUGAAGGCGGUGCAGAAGAGGAAGGGCAUAAGUACCCUCGCCACGGACUCCCUGAGCCUCUACCAGGCGACCCUCCAGGCCGACAGAGCAUGGAGGGCCAGGAAGCAGGCAAAGGGCUCGAUCUGGAAGGGGUAUACCAGGGCGCAGUACAUCGCAGAGAGGGUGCAGAUCGAGCAUCCGGCGAGCGCCCGGGGGCCACGCAUCCCCCGGGAGCCGAGCAUCCGGGGACGCGGCCUGGAGCACAGGGAUUGGCCCCGGACCUUCGCGGGACUGACCGGUGGUGCCGAGGCCCGGACCGGCCGGGAGCCGAACAUCCGGCGAGUCUCUCCCCCGGAGGGCCCCUGA